GUUUUACUGGAUUUUUUUGUGAGGGACGGCAGUAUCAGCCUAUGCAAUUUCAGAAUGUUCCAGUUUUGACCAAUCAAUGUGCGUCAAGUACGAAAGACGACGAAACGACCGGAAGUUUACAAACCUUGACUUAGCCAGCUAACAUUCACUUUUAUCUCAUUUUGAGCAACUGAGCAAGCUGAAAAACAUCGUUUUACAAAUAACAGAGAAGAAAUGGUUUGUGAAAAGUGCGAGAAGAAGCUUGGUAAAGUCAUCACACCUGACACCUGGAAGGAUGGCGCACGUAAUACAACAGAGGGUGGUGGCCGUAAGCUGAAUGAAAACAAGAUGCUGACUUCUAAAAAAGCAAGGUUUGACCCGUACAGCAAGACAGGCUUUGCUACCUGCAGAAUCUGCAAGAGCUCAGUUCAUCAGUCUGGAUCACACUACUGUCAGGGCUGUGCAUACAAGAAAGGAAUCUGUGCUAUGUGUGGAAGGAAAGUUUUGGACACCAAAAACUACAAACAGACAUCAGUGUGAUAAUCAGUGAACAGUUGUACGAGUGAAUAACCGAUGUGACGAUGAGAUUGAUGUUUAUUCUUGUCAUCAUUCCGUUUAGCUCUUCUGUGUUUUUUUUCCCACCUUAUGUGAAAGAGAGAUUUGGAGCUGGCUAUGCCCUCUUAUUUAAGAAUGUCAUAGAAUGCCACUAGAAUUAUCUCAGUGGCAUACACAGGGAAGUACUGUUGGAUCCAAAUACACAACCAGUCACCUGUUUCACAAGUCCGGGCUUCUAGUUUUCUUUGUAUAUUUUAAAUUAAAUCCUAUGGGUGUGAUUUUGCUCUUAUGAACAGUUAUUUUCUGUAUGUAUAUCAAGUCCUGCAUUUUUUUAAACAGAAUUAAACCAUUCAAAAUGAA